CCGCGACUGUACACUUCGCGAUUUGAUCCUUAUAGUGCUGGAAUUCGUUUUGUAUUGGGUGCAAAAGGCAUCGACUAUGAAUAUGCUUACGUCGAUGUCCAUAACAAGCCUGAAUGGUACAAGGAGGUCAAUCCCACCGGUCAUAUACCAUGCUUGGAGACUGGCGACGAAGUCGUAUCAGAAACGUCCGUUAUCUACGAUUAUCUAGAAGAUAGAUAUCCUCAGGUAAAGACCCAACCAACUGAUCCGUACAAGAAGGCUCAAGACAAGAUAUUUGUAGCUCAUACCAAGGAAUAUCUUACUCCAAAAAUUACCGGCUGUGUUAAAAAUCCAAAUGAUAACCUUGAAGAAGUCACCAAGGUCUUGAAGAUCAUUGAUGGCAUUAUGGGCAAACGUGGUACCGACUAUCUAGGUGGAGCUAGUCCUAACUUUGCUGAUUAUUUCUUGUUCGGAUGGGUAGAGCUACUUCCAGCUUUGAAAGGAGCUCAUGAUUUGAAAUUUGAGUUGGAUAAGAAUGAAUACAGCAAUUACUGGGCUUGGGUUAUGCGCAUGGAUAAGGACAAGAACGUUGAG